CCUUUGCGGCUUAUUGUUGAGUUUCUCUGAAAACCCUAAUAAGCUCAGCGGUGAGGUAGGGGCAGCAAAAUCUCGAUCGAAAAUGGUGCAACGUCUCACCUAUCGCCGUCGUCACAGCUACGCAACCAAAUCCAACCAACACAGGGUUGUCAAAACCCCUGGUGGUAAGCUUGUUUAUCAGACUACUAAGAAGAGAGCUAGUGGACCUAAGUGCCCUGUUACUGGCAAGAGAAUUCAAGGAAUCCCACACUUGAGGCCUACAGAGUACAAGAGAUCAAGGCUGCCUAGAAACCGUAGGACUGUGAACCGUGCUUAUGGCGGAGUUUUGUCUGGAGGUGCUGUUCGGGAAAGGAUCAUUAGGGCUUUCUUGGUUGAAGAGCAAAAGAUCGUGAAAAAGGUCCUCAAAAUUCAGAAGGCAAAGGAAAAGGUUGCCUCCAAGGCAUAAUUUUGGACCACAAAAUGAGAUAACAAUCUUUUUGGAAGACUCUUAGGUUUGGGUGAUUAUAGUAAAUCACAAGUUUUAUUUUAGAGUUUUUUCCCAUGUUAAUUGUGCCUUAUUGGUUUGUUUGAACUCAUUUUUAGAGCAAAUUGUUAAACCAUUGUGAUACAGUUUUGAAUUUUCUGGUUUAUUGGAUUCCUUGUGUUACUGUACUUUACCAAUAGUACCUUUAAUUUCAGCGCA